UUCGCCUUCCCAGCCGUCUAAUUCAUCGCCAUUAUGCAUUUACUGGCUGAAUGAUGUUUAUUUUUAGUAGUGUUAGUGCAGGAGUCAUGUAGUCAUUGAGGAAAUUGGUUAAACUACGUCUCGGGAGGGAAAGAAAAAAGAAUGACCGCUAUGAUUUUUGGAAUUUUUUUUCUUUAUUUGGCUUCUCAGUGGUCUAAUUCCUCUCCAUUAUGUACUGACUGAUUGACUGGUAUUUAUUUUAAGUAGUGUAUGUGCAGGAGUCAUGUAGUCAUUGAGGAAAUAGGUUAAAAUACGUCUCGGGAGGGAAAGAAAAAAGAAUGACCGCUAUGAUUUUUGGCAUUUUUUCCUUUAUUUGCCUUCUCAGUGGUCUAAUUCCUCUCCAAUAUGCACUGACUGAUUGACUGGUCUUUAAUAGAUGUAGACUAAAUUGCAGGAGUCUUAUUCAUUGAGGAAACUGCGAAGAUACGUCUCAGAGGGAAGAAAAAAAAGGAUGGCAUUGCUCAGUCAUUCCUCGGCCAUCCCCUUUAAGACCUUUACCUUACCCUACUCCACUCUAUGGGGCCCAGGGAAGCACCUCAAGGCCCAGGAGGCACGUGGCAGGGACUGUGACUGGGCUUGUGUGGCUUCCCAAAAAGGUUUCCUCAUUCACGUCAUGCGGAAGUUUUGACGUGCCAUGACAGACCUCAGAAUAGUUUUUAUUAUAUAUUCACAGUGUGUGUGUUAAGAGAUAGUUCAGUUCCCUUGGGUGUGUUGGUAGAGCUAUAACAUGCCACAUUUUGUUAAUUUAUUGUUUAAAUUUCUAUGAGUUAGGGAGGAAAUGUGGUGUGUGUGGGUAAUCCAGUAACUUGCAACUGGUGUCGUGGUGUUGGUGGGUGUGGCCAUGGUGUUUACACAGCAGGAAGCACCUUGCUGGAGGAAGUCUGGAUACACGUGACAAGGAACAAAAAAGGUGUGAGUCUGCUGCCAGCUGUCGUGCUGACCGAGAGUGCUCAUUCACGUUCCUUCAUUCAUACUGCUGAGGAGAGAAAUAUCCUCUUGCAAGAUUCUGUCUAAUUGAUUAGUGGAUUUGUCUACAAUGGAGGACUGGCUAGGUUACUUAUCCCUACAGCCUUCGGGGCUCACCUUCCCCAAGCCCAGGAGGAGGAAACGGCAGAGAAAAGUCGACAGAAUGAAGUGGGUUGACGUUGUGCUGUCUGCUGUGAGGGUGGUGCUGGAGGCUGUGUCAAGGCUCAUCUUUGGGAUUAUGUACCAUGGCAAUUCACAGACCCCUCUACCUCCCAUCACCAACCUCAUCCUGCUGGAGUCGGCCACGGCACUCGCCACAAAGAUCAGGACAAGGAAGUUAACCAGUGAGGAAGUUGUCAAGUCCUUCAUAGCACGCAUCAGAGAGAUCAAUCCCAUCUUGAACUGUGUGGUUGAUGAUCGCUUCGAGGAGGCUCUCAAAGAUGCAAGAGCUGUCGAUAAACUUAUUGAAUCUGGCACAGAAAAUGAGGAAACACUAGCGAAGACAAAGCCCUUCCUUGGCGUUCCUUUCACAACCAAAGACUGUUUAGCUGUGAAAGGCUUGAAACAGACAGCAGGUUUGUGGGUGCGGAGAGCUAUGGUGGCCGAGGAGGACGCCGACACAGUGAGGGUGAUGAGGGAGGCCGGUGCCAUCCCUCUGUGUGUGACCAAUGUCUCUGAGCUCUGCAUGUGGUGGGAGAGCUCCAACACCAUCUACGGCCGCACCAACAACCCUUACUGUACCUGUAGGACUGUUGGGGGGUCUUCUGGUGGGGAGGGCUGCCUCCAGGCUUCCUGCGGUUCUCCCUUCGGCAUCGGUUCAGACAUCGGUGGAUCCAUACGCAUUCCGUCCUUUUUCAACGGAAUAUUUGGCCACAAACCUACUCAUGGCAUAGUGAGCAACAUUGGGCAGGAGCCUGUGGCCACAGGGGAAGCCAUGGAGUUCUUGGCCACGGGCCCCAUGUGCAGGUACGUCCAGGACAUCAUCCCCAUGUUGAAGGUCCUCGCUGCUGGCAAUGCACACCUGCUCAAAUUAGACCAAAAGGUGGACAUUCGCAACCUCCGCUACUUCUACAUCGAGGACGACGGCGGCUCCCCCCUGGUUACCCCCGUUCAGUCUGAGCUCCGCGCCGCCCAGCACAAGAUUGUCAAGCACCUCGAGAAAGCUUACGGCAUCAAGGCGAAGAAGAUCACACUGGGGAAACUGAAAGCCGCUGUUCCAAUGUACUUCUCCAAGCUUGCUAGUGUGGAGGAGGCCCACACAUUUUGUCAAGAACUAGCUCUGAAAAAGGGAUCCAUCAAUGUGUGGAUGGAGCUGUUGAAGUGGUGUCUGUGCUGCUCCAAACACACCUUCCCCGGCCUGCUGCUCGGCGUGCUGGAGAAGCUCAACAACCACCACAAACAGUCCGAUGACUUCCCCAAACUCCUCGCCAUGUGUGCCGACCUCAAGCAGGAGAUGAAGGAGCUUCUUGGCGAUGACGGUGUGUUGCUAUUCCCAAGCCACCCCACCGUCGCCCCAUACCACGGCCAGCCACUCUUCAGGCCCUUCAACUUCUGCUACACUGCCGUCAUCAACAUCCUCCUCUUCCCCUCCACACAGUGCCCCCUCGGCCUGGGCUCAGAAGGCUUGCCACUAGGGAUCCAGGUCGUAGCAAACCACCACCAAGACCACCUGACUUUAGCUGUCGCCUCAGAGCUGGAGAAGGCCUUUGGUGGAUGGGUUUGUCCCUCAAUAGUAAAAUAAAUAACCACAAGCAGACCAAAACUCACAAGUGCAUUACUUAGAGGCUUAAUGAGCAUUCCUAGCAAGAUAUUUUGUCUAUGCCCUCUCGAUAGUUUGUUGUUACUUGUGAUUGCUUACCUGUAUCAGUGGUUGGUGUUUGUUACCCAUUGUAUGUUAGACCAUACAUAAGUUUUGUAUGUUCAUGUUUUAUGGGUUUUUUGCCCAGUCUUAUUUAUGUUUACUGGUACCGUGGUACAAGAUAUUUAUUUUGAGUGCACCUCAAUAAAUGCUAAUUGUACUGUUUACAAUGAUGUAUUGUUCAUCCACAGAGCAAGAUGAACACUAAACACAGCAUGAAUUUAUGAAUGCACGGGUAGAAUAAAACAAUUGUAAGAAUUUAGCCCCAAAAGCAGGAGUCAGGUCACCCAAACAAUGGUAACAUGGUACUGCCUUCAUGUGUGCCAGCCUGAUGAGAGCAAAGCUUAGUCUUACAAGUCUUGUGUUCAAAUAAAGCUUUUUCUUACUUAGUCUUGUGGUCAAGUGCAUGACUAGACAAAGAUCAGCAGGUAAUAGGUAUAGUUGGGGGCAUAGGCUACAGCUACGCCUUGUGUUGGUGCUCAUCUCCCUUGAGCCUGUGGUGGGUAAGAAUCCAUGAAACUGGGACACAGGGGAAAGAUUAAUGCAGGUUGUUAUUUUAAAAGUAAAUAUGAAAUUGGGUCAAA